ACUAGGCCUUUAAUAAUAGGCGUCUGUAGCGCGGGUAACUCUCCCCUUUGAAGAAAACAAUUUGCAGCACCCACAAACUACUUCCAGUGGCUAUAGACUCGACUGUUUCUCCUGGUUUCAAUAUCCUGUUAAAAAGAGAAAGGAAAAGUGUCUAGUAGCUAGAGAAUCUGUUCAGAGCAGGAGUUGUCUUACAACGACAUAAACAGGGCUCUAGAACUAAAACCCUCCCUUGGAACCCAGAGGCACCACAACACCAGCGCAGCGAAAAUUCACAAGGUGUUUUUUUUGGGGGGGAGAGUUGAAGGGACGCAGAAACGCUCACCAGGCGAAAGAUGAACAUGCUGUGGUAUCUGUCUGCUCUGCAGCUGUUCCUGGCUCCAGCUCUCCUGCUACCCAAUGGGGACUACUGGGAGGAAUGGAGUCCCUAUGGAGAAUGUAGUCGGAGCUGUGGGAGUGGGGUUACCAUAAGGACCAGGAGAUGUGUCAGCCAGAGGACCGACGGAGGGAAUAACUGUGUGGGACCAGACAAGUCCUACAGCUCCUGUAAUAUCCAGGACUGCCCAGAGGGAUCUAGGGACUUCAGAGAAGAGCAGUGUUCUCAGUUUGAUGGAUCUGACUUCCAGGGAAAACACUACAAAUGGCUUCCAUACUAUGGAGCUGACAACCUGUGUGAGUUGAACUGUAUGCCCAGAGGAGAGAACUUCUUCUAUCGCCACAGGGCAGCUGUGGCCGACGGCACGCCCUGCCACCCUGGGAGGAAAGAUGUCUGUGUAGAUGGAGUCUGUAAGCGUCUGGGCUGUGACAACAUGCUGGAAUCCCUCCAGCAGGAUGACCCCUGUCUGCAGUGUGGGGGCAACGGACAGUCCUGCUACCCCGUCAGGAGCACCUUCAACAUGAACAACCUGCCCAAAGGGUAUAACCAGAUGUUUAUCAUCCCUGUGGGAGCCACCUCCAUCCACAUCAGAGAGACUGUUGCCACUCGUAAUUACCUGGCCAUUAAGAACCUGCGUGGCGAGUACUACCUGAACGGCCACUGGGUGAUUGAGUUCUCCAGGGCCGCUCCAGUAGCUGGCACCAUGCUAUACUACCAGAGAGGGGCUGAGGGAGAGAUGACUCCUGAGACCAUCAUCGGUCGUGGACCCACCACCGAGCCACUGGUCAUAGAGUUGAUCAUCCAGGAGCAUAACCAGGGAGUAGAUUACGAGUACUACCUCCCUAACGGUCGCUCCAGAGAGGGGUAUUACUGGAGCUUCGGCUCCUGGUCUAGCUGCAGCAGAGAGUGUGGAUCAGGCUACCAGUCCCGUCUGGUGUUCUGUGCCAUCGAUAACGAGGCCUACCCAGACUACCUGUGCACCGCCCUGCCACGCCCCCUCACAAACCGCACCUGCAACCCUCAGACGUGCCCUCAGACCCGUCGGAUGGCGUACCUGUAUCAGCCAAAUGCGUGGACGCCCUCUGAAAGCCCCAGAACAUAUGUGUACAGCUGGAAAACAGGUGAGUGGAACGCGUGCUCAGUGUCGUGCGGCGGUGGUUCCCAGGUGCGCAGCGUGCAGUGUGUCUCCCAUGAUGCAUCAGGGCCCCGCGUGGUGGAGGACGGAGUCUGUGCAGCCUACACUCUAGCCCCGCUUACCCUGCAGGCCUGUAACAUGCAGCAGUGUGCCUCCUGGAGAGCCUCUGCCUGGAGCUUGUGUUCAGUAACAUGUGGGACAGGGGAUCAGUCCAGAGAGGUGAUGUGUGUAGGAGAAGCAUCAGUCCAGUUAGCAGACACGUCCUGCUCCGCCUCACUCCGCCCCGUAGCCACCCAGCCCUGCUCCAUGCCCGCAUGCCUACUGCCCGUGAGCUGGCACGUUGGAGACUGGGGACUGUGCUCUAAGAGUUGUGAGUCAGGUCUGCGUGAGCGCCAGGUGAUGUGUUCUGACAGAGAGAGGAACCUGUACCCAGUGGAACACUGUAACGUCGUCCCUAAACCCCUCACAUUGGAGACCUGCAACACACAGCCCUGCUACCACCCACAGGUGACUCCCAGUAUGCAGGAUCCCAGAGGACAUGACAACACACAGUAUGGUUUCACUCCCUACAUGCCAGACCACGCCACAGUCCACAGACCAGACAGUGUCAACCGCCAGACCAGCACAGUGUACCACCCUCACGGCUCCCUGCCGGCCCAACACUGUAGCCAGUCCUACUACGGCUGCUGCCCAGACGGCACCACGGCAGCUGGGGGGACAGGGGGUCUAGGCUGCCCACAGGUGUCCCGCUGGGCUCCACGCCCUGAGCAGGCUUUCUGUACAACCACCAGGUAUGGAUGUUGCAGGGAUGGUGUGACUGUAUCACAGAGGCCCAACAGGGAAGACUGUCUGGAAUAUGUUCCCCAAGCUCCUCUUCCAGCUGAGAACAGUAUCCAGUGUCGUCUAACCACCUACGGGUGCUGUUUCGACCGUAUGUUCGUAGCCACAGGUCCCAAUGGAGAGGGCUGCCCCGACCCACCAUACAACGUUCCCAGAACCACCUGUUCGCUGCCCAAGGCAGCCGGCUCCUGCAGUGGCUGGACGGGCCGAUACUUCUACGACGUCACCGCCUCCAAGUGCUCCCACUUCUGGUACGGCGGCUGCCACGGCAACAACAACAAUUUCCUGACGCGUGCCGAGUGCCAAAGGACGUGCCCCGUUGCCCAGGUCAACCAGAUGAGCCAACCCAGUAGCCAAUCAAUCCAGACGAUUCAGCUGAGUCAACCCAGCCAGCCGGAAACAGGUCAGGACAUGAGCAGGGUCUUGACGGUGCAACGCGGCAGCUCAAGGGGCUCAACCGGAGGACGCCAGGGGACCAGCGCUGCCGACCACGCCCGCCGGGCCAGAGUCCAUGUCCGCCGCCCCGCCCCUUACGGCGUCCUGCACACCCAAACUGCAGCGAGGUAAGAACCUGAGGACCGUCCAGGGGCGUCUAGCCAUGCCCACCCCUUGCUGCCUCCGCCCGCUGCCCCGCCCGCGCGCUGCCCCGCCCACAGCCAGCUGUCUGGCUAGUUGACCCUUCAACCCUGAGAAGGAAGCUGAGAUGAGCCAGUGAGAAACAAGGAAGCUUAACAACCUCACACGCACACACACACACACACACACACACACACACACACACACACACACACACACACACACACACAC